GCAAAGCAAGGAAGGCAUGUCUCAGUUUUAGAGUGAACUGACUUUACCCCGUGCAGAUGGUACUGUGAAUCUGCCUGGUGUUGGUAUUUCAGGGAGUCUUGGUGUGAUAAGAGUUAACCAAAUGGGAAUUUAACAGAACUGAUACUGUGCUGAUAAAAGAAAAAGAAAAAAGAAAAUCGUGCAGCUUGGAGACUUUCAGUCCUGUGCACCUCCAAAAGGCUCCAGGUGGAUCAGCCAUGUCCACUGGUUCCGCUGCAAGUGAUGCUGAGGACGACGAGACGUGUCACGGGAGCGCCAACGCCCCCUCUCUGGAGACCGCCGCGAGGAAAACUACCUGCUUUAACCCCAGCCGGUAUUCGGACGAGGACUUGGAGGACGACGGCGUGUAGGGGAGGAUCAAGCAGGCGCGCAGGCUCUCCAAGACGCACCAGAGGGAAGCGCGGCACUCGCAGAGGAACGCGGCCAACGCCAGGGAGAGGGCGAGGAUGAGAGUGCUGAGCAAAGCUUUCUCCAGACUGAAAACCAGCCUGCCCUGGGUCCCGGCGGACACCAAACUGUCCAAACUGGACACGCUGCGCCUCGCUUCCAGCUACAUUUCCCACCUCAGGCAGCUUCUGCAGGACGACCGCUUCGAGAACACCUUUGCGCAUCCGGUCAAUCUGACUUGGCCGUUCAUGGUUUCAGGGCGAUCAGAGGAAGACAUCCCAUCCACUGUGAGACUCUGUGGAGCAACAGCGUAGGCCGCCACGAAGCAGCUGUACAAGAAAAACACAAUAAGAAAGACAGAGAGAGAAAUCUUGCUCUUCCACCCUCAUCUUUCAAAGACUGUGACCUCUGCCCCCCGUGUCCUACACCAUGGCUUUACACUUAAAGUAUUUAGUUUUGUUUAUGUGUGUGUGCAUGUUUACUGAGACCAGUAUUAUGUCACGUUUCCACAGAGUCUUGUCUUUAUUUAGAUUUUAAAACUAUGGAUUUACACACUUGUCAUCUAUAAACCUGAGAGUUGCGAUUAUUUUUGAUACAUAAACCUUUUUAAAAGCUCAGCGUGUAUAUAAUUGUAGUCACUCAAGAGUGAAUUCUGUCCUUUUUUUUUUUUUUUGCUACUUAACAGUAUUAUGAGAAUGCUUCUAUACCCUAUUUAUUAUGUGUGUGUCUCGGGGUUGAUUCAGA